GAACAGGGGUUCAGAGCUGAGUCUGUGAUUCAGAGAGCAGAGGUGUGCGCCAUGCUAGGAGUGACACAGCUUGCUUGAAGUGAACCGUCCAGUGAAGAGUGAAGAGAGAGAGAGAGAGAGAGAGAGAGAGAGAGAGAGAGAGAGAGAGAGAGAGAGAGAGAGAGAGAUUGAAACCAUGUUGCUGUUUGUAAUCACUGGUGUUCUGCUCUGCAGCCAGCAGUCAGCGUCUCAGCUGGUGUCCUGUUACAUGGAGUUUGAUUAUCAGACUGGGCAGUGCUCUCGGUUCCUGAGUGCCGAGGUGGAACAAUCAGACUGCUGCCUCAACCCUGCCUAUGGAUUCAUCAACGAGGCUGGGAAAUGCCAGUCCUGCGGGAGUGCGCAGUGGAGUGCCUGGUCCUCGUGGAGCUCCUGCACCGUGUCCUGUCUGGAGGGAGUGAGGCAGCGACGGAGGACUUGUUACGGCAUCGGAGAAUGUGACGGAAAGGAGAGACUGCAGACCGCGCCAUGCAUCGAAUUGGAGUGCUGCCCUGUGGAGGGUGGCUGGUCGGAGUGGUCACCAUGGCAGCCUUGCUCUGUGACCUGUGAGAGUGGGGUGAAGGUGAGACAGAGGAGCUGCUCUAACCCGCCUCCUAUCUGUGGGGGGGGUUGUGAAGGCAGGAGCACGGAAACCUAUGCCUGCUACACCAACAUGGUCUGCCCAACGCAUGGAAGCUGGUCGUCCUGGGGGUCGUGGAGUUCCUGUUCCAGCUCCUGUAAGAUGGAGGGGUCCCAGAAACUCCCAGUUAAGCACCGCUCACAGAUCUGCUCCAACCCCCCUCCCUCCUCCGACCCCCCUGGAAAGCACUGUCCAGGGCCUGGGGUGGAGACUGUGGAAUGUCCCGAGCUGCCCUUCUGUCCUGUGGAUGGUUCCUGGGGAUCCUGGCGUUCCUCGGGUGGGUGUUCUGUGACUUGUGGACUGGGGUUAAGACAGCAAACGAGAGAGUGCAACAACCCUGCACCCAAACACGGGGGAAUGCCCUGUCCAGGAGAAGAGACACAACACCAGGUCUGCAACACCCACCAGCACUGCCCUAUUGAUGGCAGGUGGUCCGAGUGGUCUGCUUGGUCUGACUGCGUUCGCCACGGCCGGAAGAUUGAGUGUAAGAAAUUGCCGGGCAUGCAGAGACGAACUCGGACAUGUGAGGGCAGAGAGUAUGAGGGCCAAUUCUGCGACGGAGAUAUUGUGCAGAACCAAGCUUGUUAUAAUGUGAGGAGGUGCAGACUUGAAAAAGGAAACUGGGCCGAAUGGAGUCCUUGGGGAUUCUGUCAUCCACCCUGUGGAUCAAACGCUGAGAAAACCAGGACCAAAGUGUGCAAUUCUCCCUUGCCCACUGACUACCCCAUGUUAGUGGGGUUAAAUAAAGAUGAGCCGGUGACUUUCUGGGGAACCCCGCUGCCGUUGUGUGGGGCUGGGGAUGAAGUGACCAAGAAUAUUGACCAAAAGGACCUGUGUCGCCACGUACCAGACUGCGAUGACGACGGAGAAUACUGAUUUUGCUGUUCCGAUAACCUUCAACACCACAGGAAGAUACUCUACAGGAGUGAAACUGUGCUGCAUAUCGAAAAGGAUUUGCUUUAUUGGUGUCAGUGCCUAAAAUGCUUAAAGAACUCACCAAGUUUCACAUCAUAAAGUUUUCAGUGUCAACCUAACAUACCUUAUCCAUUUCAAUAUACCUUACCCACAUCAAUAUACCUUACCCAUUUCAAUAUACCUUACCCACAUCAAUAUACCGUACCCAUUUCAAUAUACCUUACCCACUUCAAUAUACCUUACCCAUUUCAAUAUACCUUACCCACUUCAAUAUACCUUACCCACUUCAAUAUACCUUACCCACAUCAAUAUACACGUGUACAAUUUUCAAUAAACUAUUAAUUGCCA